AUGCGGGAAAAUGUCUCUCACAUAUGCAUUGGUUCCUCCUCAUCCCCUUCCUUCCCCUCACCCAUCCUUCUCUUCACCCAGCUCACUCAGAAUGUUGUUAUAGCUGGACAUGCAUUAUUUAACAGCACCUCAGUUCAGACUGUUCAUCGAGGAAUGUCAGUCAAUAUCAGCUGUAACUACAAACCAGCAACUGACAGUGAUGACAUAGUGGAACUGAAAACUAAUGGUACAUUGUGCUGCUCAGCAAUGAACAGUAACAAAUUAUGGAUAUAUCGGCCAUGUAGAAAUCACUUUAGAUUUAUUUGGAUUCCAGAAACUGUGCAAAUGGCAUUUGAGAUAUCAAAUCUGCAGAUAAAUGAUACUGGAACUGCAUUUGAGGUAUCAAAUCUGCAGAUAAAUGAUACUGGAACAUACAAAUGUGUUGGUAUGACAAGAUUCAUACCACCUCCUUCUGUGAUUUUGAGAGAAGAAAGAACGUUUGUCCAAGUGAUUGCCCACUGUGUCUCUGUCACAUUAAAAAGAGUAUUGGGUGGAUUUCCCAUGAUGCUUUGCCGCUCUGAGGGGUUUUACCCUUCCGCUCUAGACCAGAUGUGGAUUAGAAAUGGAGAAUUUCAGAACUCCUCUCUCACAUACAGCAUUAACAAAACCAACCCAGAUAGAUCAUUCUCCCUCCAUUCAUACCUGAAUAUAUCUGACUGUGUGAACUACUCGUGUUGGGUAAACCACUCAUCCCUGAGCCAACCAACAAUACUCCACAUGACUCCUACUGAAAGUUACAGGAACAGAGAUGAAAAUGGAUGGAUAAUUCUGGUGACCUCAGCGCUGAUGAUUCUCACCAUACUGAUUAUCAUGGUUGUGUGUGAGCGUUCCAGAAGAGCACAUCACAGGUCUCCUGUAAGAAUGAAUGUCACACCUGAAUCUGAUCUCCAUUCUCACCUGGAGUAUGAAAUGUAUUCAAUGUUGGGUGACCAUCGUCUAGUCCCAUGCAGCCCUGUCAGAGUUCGCUCAUCUCCACAAUAA